CAGAUUUUCAUUCCAAGUCCCUUGCGAUUCGAUUUCGACUUCAAUUUGGGAAAUCUUCUCUACAAAUUCGCUAAUUAGAUGCUCUCUCCAUCGCCUGCGGCGCGCAAUCUGUUUUCUCCGUGGUUUACAAUUUAGGGUUCAUUAGCGCUUAUUCGAUCGGUAUUUGAAGUAAUUGCUGAUAGAAAACUGUUAUGUCACGCUUAAAUCGCAAUUAAUUUCCCCCAAUAAUAUGCAAAAGGAUGCGAAAGGAAGUGAUGUGGAUCUAAGGCUGUAUACAGGCAAAGUGUUGCUGAUUGUCAAUGUAGCCUCGAAAUGUGGUAUGACCAAUUCAAAUUACAUUGAGCUCAAUCAGCUAUAUGAAAAGUACAGAAAUCAAGGACUGGAGAUUCUUGCAUUUCCAUGCAAUCAAUUCGGCGAAGAGGAGCCCGGGAGCAACGAUCAAAUCCUCGAAUUUGUCUGCGCUCGUUUCAACUCAGAUUUCCCCAUCUUCGGUAAGAUUGAAGUGAACGGCGAUGGCGCCGAUCCUCUGUACAAGUUUCUGAAAUCUGGAAAAUGGGGAAUCUUUGGGGAUGAUAUCCAGUGGAACUUUGCUAAGUUUUUAGUCGAUAAAAAUGGGCAGGCUGUCGACCGUUACUACCCGACGACAUCGCCUAUUACAAUCGAGAGAGAUAUCAGAAAGCUUUUGGGGCUGUGUUUGUGAUGAGCUGAUGGUGAUCAUUUUGUACGGUACGUUCAAUACAUGUUUAUUUAUUUAUUUAUAUAUAUAUAUAUAUGCAUACUUGUUAUUUGAUAUAAUAUUUACUAAAAAAAAAUAAUAUAUUUUUAUUAAAAACUGCGUAGUUUGAAAUUGAUGUAAUGAGAUAUAAUUUUUAAAAUAUUUAAACAUAUAUCAUAAUUUUUUAAAAUCAUAUAUAUUAAAUUAAAUUGAUGUGAUGAGAUAUAAUUUUUAAAUUAUUUAAAUAUAUAUUUAAAAUUUUUAAAAAUCAUAUAUAUUAAAUUUAUUUUAAAACUAUUUAUAUUAUUAAACAUAAAGGUGCAAUGCAUUUCACCUAAUACAAAAAUAAAACUAAAUUAAAAUACUCAUGUACUUGUCUCGUCAACAGCAAAUUCCCAUCCUAUAAAAUAAAAAUAAAUAAAUAAAUACCCGGUUUUUUCUGUUUUCUUUUUCAAUAAAUAAUUAAGAAUAUAUUUCUUUUGCCCAAAAUCCCAUAUUUUUACUAUAUCAAUAUAUUAUUUUAAUACCAAAUUCAAACCAAAUUUUUUUCAAACACAUGUAAAGAAACAUACCCUAAAUCACUUUUUGUAUUUUUACCGAAAAAAUAACCAAAAAUACAUUCCCACGUCAUUUUAAAGUGAUGUAGGGAAUAAUUUAGCGGGUGAAUAAUCGCAUACACUAUAAAUAGCAUAAUCAUCCAUCCUAACAAAUCAAUUUUGCACAACCCAAAACCUAAUAAUAACACUACACAAAACAACAUUCUCUAUAACAACACAAAAUUUUCAUAUCUAACAACAAAAUUACAUAAACAAUAAACAAACCAACCCAAAAUGUUGUCUAGUCUCAAUAAAAAAUCCCAUAUUUUAGGCCACAAAAGAAAACAGAACCAAAUCACCUUAGUUAGAAUCUUACAAAAUUUCAUUCUAUCAACCAAACAAGAAACAAAACAAACAAACGAGCAUAAAAAUUCAAGUCAAGUGAACAAUACGACAACAAAGGCGGUCGAAAAUCCAUCCGGCUACAACACAGUUUUACAACAAAAAGAAAACGAUAAGAAAAAUACACCUCCAAUUCACCGCUGCUACGGUACAAUACCGACACAAUAACAACAACCACCA